CUCUUUGUGGCCCUUCUCUGCUUGGUUCUUGUCUGGUCUUCAGGGACCUAUUCGAGCAGUAAAUCCAAGGAUAGGACUGUUAGGCAAAGACAUAACCACUCGUUUAACAUUAUUUGUUAGAGUGAAUUGUGCAAACUGUAUUUGCUAUCGACACAGACAGCCCAGGGCGUCGACUGGCCAACAGGCAGAGCAUCCAUUCAUCCUUUUCAUUGGCAGCUGAGGUUUUCCAGUCCAGCUAGCUAGCGUUAGCAGCUGUGUCAGAGGGAUACUCAAAAUGUCGGGUUACCAAGGAAAGAAGAACAUCCCAAGAAUUACAAGUGAUCGUCUCCUCAUCAAAGGGGCAAAGAUAGUGAACGAUGAUCAGUCAUUCUUGGCUGAUAUCUACAUGGAGGAUGGAGUCAUCAAGCAAAUAGGAGAUAACCUCAUCGUUCCAGGGGGAGUGAAGAUCAUAGAGGCUCACGGGAGAAUGGUGAUGCCUGGGGGUAUCGACGUGCACACCCGAUUCCAGAUGCCUGACCGAGGCAUGGUGGCAGCAGAUGACUUCUACCAGGGCACCAGGGCAGCUCUAGCUGGAGGGACAACUAUGAUCAUCGACCAUGUGGUGCCGGAGCCUGGUGUCAGCUUGGUUGCAGCUUUCAAACAGUGGAGGGAAUGGGCUGAUAGCAAGUCCUGCUGUGACUAUUCUCUUCAUGUGGACCUCACUGACUGGAACAAAGGCACUCAAGAAGAAAUGGAGACCCUAGUGAAAGAUCACGGUGUCAACUCUUUCCUGGUCUAUUUGGCUUAUAAGGAUGUUUUCCAACUUUCUGACUCUCAGAUCUAUGAGGUGUUCAGCGUCAUCAGGGACCUCGGUGCCAUCGCACAGGUGCAUGCUGAGAAUGGAGACAUCAUUGCAGAGGAGCAGAGGCGUAUUCUAGAUCUGGGUAUCACUGGACCUGAAGGUCAUGUGCUUAGCCGUCCAGAGGAGGUGGAGGCGGAGGCAGUCAAUCGCUCUGUCACCAUAGCCAAUCAGACCAACUGUCCCCUCUACAUCACCAAGGUGAUGAGCAAGAGCGCUGCUGAUGUCAUCGCCCUUGCCAGGAAAAAGGGUGCUGUGGUUUAUGGAGAGCCCAUAUCUGCCAGCUUGGGCACAGACGGUACCCAUUACUGGAGCAAGAACUGGGCCAAGGCAGCAGCCUAUGUCACUUCUCCACCGCUCAGUCCUGAUCCCACAACCCCUGACUACCUCAGCUCUCUGUUGUCAUGUGGGGACUUGCAGGUGACUGGUAGCGCUCACUGCACUUUCCAGACUUCUCAGCGUGCAGUAGGCAAAGAUAACUUCACCGUAAUCCCAGAGGGCACCAACGGCACUGAGGAGAGGAUGUCCCUAAUCUGGGACAAAUGUGUGGUGACUGGAAAGAUGGAUGAGAAUCAGUUUGUGGCAGUGACCAGCACAAACGCAGCCAAGAUCUUCAACCUUUAUCCCCGCAAGGGCCGCAUCGCUGUGGGCUCCGAUGCCGACCUCGUGCUGUGGGACCCAGACUUCACCAAGAUCAUAUCAGCCAAGAGCCACAACCUGGCUGUGGAGUAUAACAUCUUUGAGGGCACAGAAGUGCGUGGAGGUCCCCUGGUGGUGAUCAGCCAGGGUAAGAUUGUGUUGGAGGAGGGCAGCCUUCACACCACGGAGGGCUGCGGGCGCUACAUCAGCCGUAAACCCUUCCCAGACCAAGUGUACAAGAGGAUAAAGGCUCGCAGCAGGCUGACAGAGUUGCGAGGAGUCCCCAGGGGCCAGUACGACGGGCCGGUGUGUGAGGUGACUGUGACACCCAAGUUGAUGUCCACGGUCUCCUCAGUGAAGACUUCUCCUGCCAAGCAGCAGCAGCCGCAGCAACAGCAGGUUACUCAUCAGCCUGUGCGCAACCUUCACCAGUCUGGCUUCAGUCUGUCCGGUGCCCAAAUUGAUGACAACGUUCCCCGUCGUACCACUCAGCGUAUCGUGGCUCCCCCCGGAGGAAAAGCUAACAUCACCAGCCUCGGUUAAGCUGUUUUCUCACUGUGGUGCAGGGCAGCAUGAGACCAGAGGCCACUAUUACCACCGUCACAUCACAUCUGGUCCACAACACCAACCUGUGACUCCCCCUGCACCCCAUCCAAAAAGCACUCCAUCCAUUCUCAUUCAAACACACUACUACGUCACUACUACGUCACCUCAUGCAAACCAAGAAAGCACUACUGCAUUUUGUUUCAUCUUUCCUGCCAUAUUCCAUUGUCAAGGAAGAGUCAAGUGAAUUGAAACAGCUUAGUUUUUUUGCUGUUUUUUUCAAGCCCAGUGUGACUGUUGAUGAAAUGAAUUUGUUUACAUUUGUUUACAUUUUUUGUAUAAUUUGUUCUGUGCAUGUUUGAGUUGUUAAAUUGCCUUCUUGGCUCAGAAAAUCGACAAAACUAAUCCAAGAAGCUGUCAGUUUUAUGAGCGGGCAUUUUUAGAAGCAGCAGUUGUUUACAAUUUUUCUUGUGCUGUUUAAUUCCCUGAUAUUAGACAGAAUGUGCUGGUGGUCGUGUUACAGCCACCUUCAGUUGAAAGUAAAAUCUCUACUGUCCAUGUGUGUUACAUUGUUGUAACAUUGCUGUUUUAGUACAAAAUACUGUAACAUUUCUGAUACAGAAAACUCAAAAUAGUAUUCAUAACACUUACAUUUUUUCUGAAGUUUACAGUAUUUGAUUUUGUGUUGGUCCUGCAGUAUACUGUGUGCUGCUGAACAAUUCACCUUGGUCUUCCUUUUGUGUUAUAGUUGCACUUUGUCCCUUUUCAAAUGUUUUUUUUUUUUUUUUUUUGAUGAUUUAAGUCAUUUUGGAACGCGCCGACUGCACUGAAAGGAAAAGAAAGGGUAUUUUAGGGUUAAAACCACUCAUUCAACUUCACCCUGUAUUAUUUAGAGGGUGAGGAAAUGUCUGGCACAUAAAGUUUGUCUGAGAAACAUGAACCUUUCCCUUCAUUUCAUCAUUUCGUUUUUGCCUCAUGUUUGUUUAAAAGGUUGUCAAGGCAACAAACUUCCAAUAAUCAGACCGGUGUAUAUUGUCCAGGACACAAAAUGGACACUAAGAAGCUAGAUGGGAGGUUUUGCUGACAGCCUCUCUGCACCUGGUGCUAUAUGAAAAUUGCUGUAAUGUUCAGAAGAUGUUAACACGAUGCCCGCAUCCAGACAGCAGUCGUAUCAGCUUUGUAAUAACAGCAGCCAGGGUAGAGUUUCCAUUUACCCAGUUCUGACAGAAUUUGUUUUGCACCCUUAAAAAUCCAAAUGGUAAAAAUGUAUGUGAGCUUGCAACUUUUAUUUGUGUUGGAUAUGUCUGUAUGCUUUAAGGGUACUUGUUGAAUUAAAAAAUACUUGCCUGCCUGUUCUGUAAGAUAUUGAUAGCACACUGUAUCUAUGAAGGAUCUUUAAAGAAGUGAAACCGUGAUCUUUGAGACCUGAUGAAAAAAGCUUCAGUAUGCAUAUGAAACCCCUCACAGUGUGCUGAUGAUGUGUCCACUGUUAUCGGUGUUAGUGUUGUGAAUGAAUUACCAGAUAUCCAGUUCUUCACCCCCUUCUCCCUUCCCCUACCAGUUGUUGACACCAGUUUCACCUGAGGUAGUAACUCUGUUCACGAACCACAGCAGGUUGCCAGUGACGCGACACUGUGAGCUGCUCUGUACGACCAAUCUUCUGCAUACUGUAAAACACUGGAUCGUUUCUUCCUCCAUUGCCUUGUCAAGUGUAGGUUUUGUAUGCCAAGCUAUAAUGUGAAGUGAAUUACAUUUGGGGAGGGUUCUUGGUAAUGGUUAUUAAGUUGUAAUGUUGAGCACUGUUGUUGACCCUCUCCCAGCUAUAGUGUGAUACUCUCGGUAAUAUAUGUUUUGUAGGAUACCAGGGUUUGGGGGAGGCGGGGAGGGGGGAUCAUCGGUCCUGUCAGCAUUUGACCCUAUCUGUGUUGACUUAAGUGGAUUAAAAUAAUAAAAAUGAAA